CGGACUGGGUUUGUGCCGGUUGUGCCGAUCUUUUUCUUUCUGCUGUUGGCAUCUGAUUCAGGGAAUGCACGCAUGAUCAGGAAGAGGGGACUCAUCCAAAAGGACUAUGAGUACCCCAACCAUCCUCAGACCACUCAGCACCAGAAGAACGACCGCUGUCCCCCGCCGCCCCAGAUGCUGCCCGAGCGGGCCUGUGAGGUGCCGGGUUGCCGGUCAGAUUCUGAGUGUGAGAGACACAAACGGUGCUGUUACAACGGCUGCAUCUACGCCUGCCUGGAGUCAGUGCAACCUCCACCCGUGCUGGACUGGUUGGUGCAGCCCAAGCCGCGGUGGUUAGGAGGGAACGGCUGGCUUUUAGAUGGACCAGAGGAGGUUCUGCAGGCUGAGGCCUGCAGCACCACAGAGGAUGGAGAUGAGCCUUUGCUCUGCCCAACUGGUUACGAAUGCCACAUCAUAAACCCAGGAAACCCCUCUGCUGGGAUCCCAAACCGAGGCCAGUGCAUCAAACAGCGUGGAAACUCAGAUGGACGUAGCCUGAGACACAAGUCCUUCAAAGAUUACAAGGAUUAUUUAGGAAGUAACUCCAACAAUGCAGUGAGCUAUGAGAAACAUCCGCACAAGCACUUGGGUUGAGACAGGUGACUGAAUGUGGGUUCCAUUUUAGAGGACGGCAGUAACCAGUAACCACUGACUCUUAUACUUGAACCCCACCCAUCAAAUCCAACAUAACUGGACAAGACUUUCUCUUCAGCUUAAACCAGAGAUCAGUUCAUAUCUGGUGCUAUUUUCCAUGGCUGCUUGAUAUGGAGACAGAAAUGGAAAGCCAAAAUUUCCUACCUCUUACAAAAGCCAAAAACAGAACACAGAAAUUAUCAAAGAGCUUA